AUGACAGAUACCGUUUUUGAACAAAAGCAACAAAUUCAAAUAUUAAUUGAAUGGUUGGAAAAUAAUAAUAACAAUAAUAAUAAUAAUAAUAAUAACAAAAGUUGUACAGAUUGUGACAAUGAUUCAUUUGGAUUAAUUGAUUUAAGAAAUAAAGAUGAAUAUAUAAAUGGACAUUUCCCAAAUUCAACCAAUAUUCCAUUAGAAGAAUUAGAUGUCAGAAUGUUUGAAUUACCACCAAGAGAAUCAUUCAUUGGUGUAAUUUAUAAUGAAAAUGAAAAUAAUAACAAUAAGGAAAUAAUUGAAAAAUUACUAUCAAAUUAUAAACUUAAAUUCUUAAUUUCACAAAAUCAAAUCGAUAAUAAUGAAAAUGGGAAUGAACCAUCAAUAAAAUCAAAACAAUCUGAAACUGGUAACCAAUCUAAAAUGUUAUGGAAAGCAUGUCAAUACCUUAAUGAUAGUAUCAAUAUAAUCGAAUCAACUUUAAAACAGCAACAACAACAACAACAUGAAAAUAAUAAUAAUAAUAAUAAUAAUAAUAAUAAUAAUAAUAAUAAUAAUAAUAAUAAUAAUAAUAAUAAUAUUAAAUUUAAUUGUAUUGAUAUUGCAUGUGGAUCAGGUAGAGAUUGUUUAUUUUUAGCAAAUCGUAAAAUUUGGAAAGUUGUGGGUGUUGAUAAUGAUCAAACACUUUUAAAUAAAAUGAUGGAUGCAACUAAUAGAUUCAAUUUGAAUGGUAAUGUAUUUGAAUUAAACUUAGAAUUAGAACCAUUAACACCAAAACAUAAUCAAGAUGAUAAUAAUAAUUCUGAAAUUAAAGAUCAAGAAGAAAUUCAAUGUUUAAAAUUAUUACCAAAAUUAUUAGAACCUUUAAAUAAUAAUAAUAGUAAUGGUAAUGGUAAUAUUAUCAAUGGAUAUGAUUUAGUUCAUGUAGCAAGAUACCUUCAUAGACCAUUAUUUCCAUUACUUAAUGAAUUGGUUAAACCUGGUGGAUUUAUACUUUAUCAUACAUUUAUGACACCAAGUAUGGGUAAACCAAGAAGACCUAGAUUUUUAUUGAAUCCAAAUGAAUUAAAAGAAAAGUUUAAUCAAUUCAAUGUUUUAAAUUAUAUUGAAACAUAUUUAGAUGAUGGUAGACCAAUUCAAGUUUUAUUAGCUCAAAAACCAAUAAAUUAA